AGCGACUAUUGAAGCUGAAUUGGUCGAGGAAGAUCUUGAUGUACUCCAUCUUCAAGCACUGCUUUGAUACAAUGAUUUUACCGCCACACUGUCAUGACUGCGUGAAUGGCAACUACAAGUAGUGGUGAAUUGACCUAGACGUUCUUAUCGACAACGAUCCGUGCCACCACCAGGUUCCUUCCUCCUCUCCUCUUUCUCUCAUAGCUAUCCCAACCCCUUCACAUCUACCCACGUUAAUCACUACUCCAUCAUAUAUCACCUCUUAAAACUUGUUCAUCCUGAGUCGCGCAACCUUCAUCUUUCAGGUAUAUGCGAAAAUAAUAUCCUCAUAAUCAUUAUAUCCUACAAUGGCUCGCCGAUCAACGGUGCGCGGACGCGCGCCCAAGGACACUGUUGCUCCAGCUUCACCCAUAACUGCCGUAGCUCCUACACCUAAGAAGCGCGGUCGCCCGACAAAAUCAGAGCAAAUCGCAAAAGAACCAUUGAAAACAAAAGUCUCAAAACCGCGCGGCCGACCCAGCAAAGCGAAGAGUACGCCAGUAGUUGCAGUACAGAGCAAUGAGGCAGCACAGGAAGCUGCACCCAAGAGGCGAGGUCGACCGCCCAAGGUUGCAUCAGAAGCCCCCGCGAAGCCUUCUGGUCGACCUGCUAAGGUAGCUCCGCAGGACAAAGUGCAAUCACCAACGAAGCGUCGCGGCCGUCCUCUAAAAGCUGCGACGUCUGCGGUUGCCGGCCCCGCACGCGUCACAAAGCGCGGUCGUCCUGCCAAAGCUACCCCGGUUGCUCCUCGGAUUCCUCCUCAUUUACGCUCCAAGCUUCGAACACGAGUUCCUAAGAAGGAAGCGCCUGUCGUAGUCGAAGAGAAACCAAAAAAGACAACAGGAAGAGGAAGAGGCCGCCCCAAGGCUGGAACAAAAGCUGGGACUGGGGCGCAGGCAAAGAAGACAGCACGGGCAGCUGGUGUCACAAAACCUGCACCUCGACGUCGGCGCGGCUAUAUCCCGUUCGACGUACCAAAGAAAUUCGCCGCCCAGGUCCAGCUACUACUCCUCGAUCUGGAGGCCGCUGAGCUUGCCUCUGACGAAGCUCGGGUUGAUCAAGCUACGGACAUGAAUGGAGAAGAGGAGCAAGAACAGACUGCUGAGGUCGAGGAACAAGAAACUUCGGCUUCAAACGCGUUGAGCGGUCCAACCGAGAAGGACGAGGUAGUUUUGGAAAUCGAGGAGAUACGCGAAGUCGUCGUAGAAGGCCCGCCAGCUGAAACGUUCUCUCCCAGUGUCGACAGUAACUCCAUUCCUGACAUUGACGGGGCUGCUGAAGGGCAUUUGCGUCAACAGAUUGAAGUGGAGAUGAUCACACGAAGCAAUGAAAUCCCGACCCCGGAUGGAUCACUCACACCUCUUGAUGAUCUUGAAGCAGGCUUCGACCACGAAUUGGUCACCCCCACCUUGCUCGCUUAGCCUGGUUCCCGAGAGCUCAUAUCGAAAGUGAACGAGUCUAUGUAUAACAAUGAGAAGAACGAGAGCGAUCUAUGGCAGGCUUCGGCAUUCUCCUUAUUGUGCUGGCGUUUUGCUAGUUAGUUUCCCUUUACAGCUUCAUGAAAAGAUACCCGGCGUUGGUGGCUAGCAUGAUCCCUUGAGGCAUACUCCCAAU